AUGAGUGGCAAUCUCAAUGUCGAAACAAGGAAGAAAUCUUUAGCACAAAAAUAUUUUCUUUGGCUUCAAUCGUGUGAAAUUUGGUGCUUACUACGUAAGAGAACUCGAUUUAACUCGUCGAUUUACGAUUGUCUUCAAGCAGCAUUAGAAAAUCCUGAUGCAACCUGUGGUUUACAUGCCACUGACGGAGAUUGUUAUGAAUUGUUUCGUUGCCUAUUUUGGCCAGUUAUUAUGGAUUGUCACAGAAUAGAUCUUCGGAAUCUCGUUUUCAAACAUGAUUUUGGACAUGUCGAUCAUCUUGAAGAUCUAUCAUCUGAAGUAAACGAGCAGAUUCUUUCGAUACGGCUUCGUCUCAAUCGUUCAAUUCAAAAUUAUCCAAUGAUACCGAAAUUGACGGUAGAACAGUUGGUUGAGAUUGAAGAACGCUUUAAAGAUGUAUUCGAACGUUUCGAUGAAGACUUGCGCGGGAAAUAUUGUUCGUUGAAGGAUAUCACUGACACUGAGCAGAUGAAGUUACGAGAAAAAGGAAUUCUAUUUCAAGAACCAAUCGAUCGGUAUUUAGAAAGUGCUGGUGCGUACAAUCAUUGGCCUAAUGGACGUGGUUUCUACAUGAAUGAAAAGGAAAGUUUCAUUGUAUGGGUCAACGAAGAAGAUCAUCUGAGUUUUAUUUCUCAAUCAGACAAUGGCAAACUGAGCGAAACGUAUGAGCGUCUUACUCGUGCUACAGAUCAAAUAAAUCAAUUUUGUGAAUUUCAACAGCACCAACGCUUAGGUUAUUUAAAUCUCUCGCCACUGAAUAUCGGUACGGCACUAGAAAUAACUGUACGAGUAAGAUUAACUCAUCCGGAGAGGCUUGAUCAAUUGAUCGAAUUGAGCAAACGGCUCGAUAUUGGUUCGAAACUAACUCAUGAUCGGUGUAUCAUCAGCUUUUCCAAUCUGAUCCGUCUAGGGCGCACUGAGUUUCAUAUUAUUCGAAGUAUGUGGAAUGGAAUUGAACAGAUCAUCACAGAAGACAUUCGUGAAUAG